CUCUCGGUUCUCUCUCUGUCUCUCUCUUUCUCUCUCUGUCUCUCUCUGUCUCUCUCUCUCCUUUGUUGUGCACCAGAUAUCCUUUGCUAUUGUCUCCCCUGUGUGUGGGUGUGUGUCUCAUGUGGUCGCUGAGUCACAUAACAGACUAACAGUCUACUUUAUUGAGAGAGUGGCCAUCCAAAACACAUUUUGGUUGGGGUAGGCUCCAUUUAAAUUCAGCCAGAACCGGAAGUGAUUUGAAAUUCCAAUUCAAGAAUCGAAAAUCCUUAUUGACAAUAAUGACGCUGAUUCGAUUUGUGAUUUCAAUUCACUUCCUGGUUUGACUGUCUUGUAAUGGUAUCGGCUUGCCCAGCCCUGUAACUAAACUCUCCAACUUUCACCUUUCACCCCUAAUUGUACAAAUACUGUACAAUUGAAUAUCACUCUAGGUUGCAUGUUGACAUUCUAAGUGUAAUGUGAUUGCCAUGGAACGUUUGCUUUCAACAUGGUUUCCACAUCUUUCAGUGGAGUUCCUAAAACAUGUCUCUGUUCAUUGAAAAUCUGUGUAUCUGUGUGUGUUCUUUUGUGUUUGUCAUACAUUCAUUCACAUUCUUAAAAGACACUGUAGGUGGAGGCAAUCUAUGAUUUCAAAAAAAGUGACAAAAUAAACAUGGGGCUGUCAUUAAUGUAUUAAAUUAGACUUCAUGUAAUUGAAGUAUUGACGAUGUACCAAGAAUCUACACAUGGACAUCAUUAUUUUCCCACAAUUACUACCAAGACCUCACGUGACUAGUCUAAAGUCUAGCCCAUGAGGUCAUGACGAAUACCGCACCACAAUAUAAUAAUAAUAAGCACCUAUUUUAAACAAUAUCAAGGUAAUAUCCAAGCAAUACAACAGGAUUAUGUUCCAUGAUGAAUGUCUCUUCUAUUCCUUUCCAUGGCAUUGUCGUAUGAAUACAUUACUCACACUAAUAACCCCAUGGAUUCAUCAUUACCACUGUAUUACAGUACAGAAAAUAUGCUGAUAAUGGUAAUUGAAUCAAUGCAUUGAAAGCAAUGCAAUGUAUCGGCAGAAUGCUCAUUUUAAACCACAUUGAAGGCCUCUCGUUGUGUGCCCCUUGUAGCUUGAUCUGGUCAACAUUUACAUUUUGAGAAGAAACCUUUUGAUGGGAGUGCAAUAUUUUUAUUCAAGGCCUCGCUCUGUGAAUAAAAUAUAUUGUUGACCUUUGACCCUUGUGGUUUUACCUGUUUUUCUACUUUCCUUCCCUCCUUCCUUCCCUCGUUCACCCAUGGGGACGCAUCUCUCUUUCACAUACUCUUCUGCGGGGAUUUUGUCCACUCCAGGGGAUGAGGUCUCUGAAAGCCUGCAGGAAGACAAGUUUGAGGAGUAUGGAUACACUCUCAUUGCACCAAGGGAGUACUGUAAGGAUCUGAAGCCGUCUAAAAACAACACAGAGUUCCUGAUGGACUUCAACGAGUACAUCGACAGGAAGACUCCCAACAACCCACUGUGUGAGUAGCUAAGACC